ACAGCGCAUGGCAGAGCUGCCAAGCGCAGAAGCCGCGUGCACCACGUUGCCACGUCGAACGGCCCGCGUGGACCGGCAAGUGUCGAGCAAGGACGACGACCAUAGUAGGCGGCUCGCUGUCGACGUUGUUGGCUGGCUGCGGGCAUUGGGCUGCGAGACAAAUCUGGUUCCAAGGCGCCCCUACCAGACAUAGUUUCCACAUGUGGGCACUCGUCGAAGCGAGAUAUCCAGAUCGAACGCGAUGCACUGGAUCGCCGCCGCCCGAUGCGUACCUCAGCGCACUUUGGAUCGAUGCGCGAGACGGUUGUCAGCGGCACCUUGCCGCGCCCGGGCGUCAACCCGUACGCCAAGGUGCUCUCGCGCGUACGCCGGCGCAGCGACGACGAGCUGCGUCCAAACCACCGCAUGCAGCGCUGUGAGAGCGCGCCGCUGCCGCCCGCCUCCUCGACCCUUGGACUGCCGGUCGUGCGCCGCGCCAUGUCCGACCCGAUUAUUCUGUCCCUCGUGCCCCGGCCACUCCCGCCGGCGCCGGGCCGGUCGCUCUGCCCGGGCGAUACAAUCCACCUCCUCUUCCGAUGGUCCAACACCCACAUGCAGGUCUCGGGCAGCCUUGUCUACAGUCCACGCGCCAGCUUUUGGUCGGCAGGUCGCGUCGACUGCUUUCCGUUCGACAGUUCGAUGCUCGGCGUCGAACACAAACUCAAGCUCCACGCGCUCUCGUCGGCGGUGGGCGUCUGCGACGGCGACGAAGUCGUCUUCACGCGCAGCGACGGCACGUACCUCGCAGUGGGCCGUCACGGGCGCCUCUGCUUUCGCAGGCCCGCGCCUGGACAGCUCGUGUUUCCGACGCAUGCGCGGUUUACGAUCGCAUGCACCGAGGUCGGCGGUGUCUUGGCCACGAACUUUUACCUCCGAUCGGUUGUGACGCGUCAGCUGGUCGGGUACGAAGCGCAGCCCAAGCGUCGCGCGGCGUCCCAUUUUGUGCGCCCGGUAGGCCGCCUCGUGCUCUACAACGCGCAGUGCGAGCACGCACGGAGUCUGCCGGUGGUCUUUUUCAAGCGCAACCACACGUCGUUGCGCGAGAGCGAAUUCAUUCAUCGCCAAACGACCGGGCUUGCCCGCGUCUCUGAAUAUUACAUUUAAAUCGUCAAUUCCACUAAAUUAGAGCCAUUUACCGG